AUGGGUUUUUGUUUUCUCUAUUUUGUGUCUUUAGUGUUUGGGUCGUGUGAUGUUUCGUACGACUCUUCUUCAAAUUGUGCAUAUGCGACAGACCUUUUACUGUGCAGUGGUGAAGCAAUUAUCGAUGCGGUGCAUUCUAUAGUAUGUGAAAACGGCUUUAAGGAUACACAAUUAGACAACGUCACGUUUCUUUCUGAUGAAAAAAUUGUCAUCAAUUCGGGUGCAUUUAUGAACACCCCUCUUAAAGAAAUUACUGUUAAAAACGUUAUAACUUACAUAGGCCAUUCGGCUUUUCAAAAUUGCACCAAGUUGUCUGCAUUUCCCAAAUCGUAUGGUAUUGAGUUUAUUGGGAACAUGUCAUUUGCGUAUUGCACUUCUCUGACUCACAUCGAGUUCAGCAACAAUCUCAUGAAGGUUGGCGGGUACACGUUUAUGGCGAGUGGUAUGAAGACGUUUUCAUUUCGUCAUUUUAGUUUUAAAGAUGGCAUUUUUAAAGACUGUAAAGAGCUUGAAACAGUGAAUAUGUAUGAAGUGAUUGAAAUAUCCGCAUUCACAUUUCAGGGGUGUACAAAAUUAAAAUAUUUGAUUAAUAGCAAAUAUAUCACUAUAAUUCUUAGUUAUGCAUUUGAUGGGUGUGUCAACCUCCACGACUUUGUUUUUUCUCGAACGACUUUGGUUGAUGUAUUUGCGUUCAGAAACAGUGGCAUUCGUGCUGUAAUAACUCGGGCUUCUUAUUCUCAAUUUUACAAUAACGCGUUUGAAGGGUGCAAAGAGCUGCAAAUAGUCGAAAACAGAGUUGCCAUAUAUAUUUCUGCAAACGCAUUUAGUGGGUGUACUUCGUUAACCCAUGUUAAUUUUCCUUUGGUCAAAAGUAUUUCAUCUAAUGCGUUCCAAGGGUGUACAUCUUUAAGAGAAGUCGAUUUCCCUUCUCUUAGUAAUUCAGUCUCGCAGAAUGCAUUUGAAAAUUCCGGUCUUACACACUUCACUUUUGUUAAAAAUGUGGUUGUUGAAUCAAAUGCAUUUAAAAACUGCAGACACCUUGAAAGUGUUGAUUUGGGUUCUAUAUAUAACAUUGGAGAAUCCGUUUUUGAAGGGUGCACCUCUUUAAAAACAGUCAAAGGAAUAGAAAAUGUGACUCAGUUUCGUAAAAACUGUUUUAAAAGCACUGCUCUAGAGGACGUUUCUCUGUUAAAGACGACAACACUCAGAGAAUAUGCAUUUGACAAUUGCACGUCUCUUAAACACUUUAAAUUGAAAAAUGUAAAAACACUGCCAACUGGCGUAUUUCGCGGAUGCACAAGUUUGGAAGAGAUCGAAGGACUUUCUGCAGUCACACAGAUUCAAGAAGAAAGUCUUGCUGGGACGAACAUCACUUUUUUGAAAUUAUCAAAAAGUGUGACAUAUGGCGUUGGAGCAUUUUCUAAUAGCAAGUCGCUCACAUUUGUUGAUGUUGGUGAUGUCACUGUAAUUCCAGACUCUAUGUUCAAAGGAUGCACCUCUUUAAGAAGUGUAGAUGGCUUUGAGAGAAUCACUGAAUUUGGAGAAAACUCUUUUGAGGACACUGGACUGACUCAAAUUGUGUUAAACAAUGCGAUGUAUCACAGUGGUGUCUUUCGUAACAACAAACAACUAACAAGUGUCGAUUUAAAUGGGACAACUUCAAUAAUGAGUUAUAUGUUUUCUGGGUGUAACAAGUUGAGUGUUAUUGAGGGUAUAGAAGAGUUGAUAUCUAUAGACGAGGGUGGACUACAGAAUACGGCAAUCCCUUCAUUUAUAUGUGGAGAGCAUUUUACAACACUUGGGAAGUAUGCUUUGAGUGGGUCUUCAAUAGAAAGUGCAUCAUUAAAUAGUGCGACGGCACUCACGAAUGGAUACGAAUUCAAUGGGUGCAGUCAAUUGAAGAAAGUCGACUUAUGUGGACAUACAGACAUUAAAACACACUCAUUUGAUGGUUGUGAAGUAUUAGACACAAUUAUUGGACUUGAGAGUGUUAUAACAUUUGGCGAAUAUUCAUUGAGUGGAACUGCUCUUACUAAUUAUACAAUGAUGACUUCAUCUGUGUAUCCAGAAGGAGUUUUUAAAGACUGUAAACACCUUAUAAGUGUCGAACUGAAUGGACAUGUAACACUGUCAGACUCCAUUUUUAAAGGAUGUUCAUCUCUAGUAAACAUCAAUGGGAUUGACUCAGUCACUUCUUUUGGAAAUUAUUCAUUGAGUGGAGUACCUUUAACUGAAUUUGUUAUGCGCUCAAACGUAGUUUAUGGCGAUGGUCUUUUCUCAAAUUGUUUGCGACUGAAUAGAAUCGAUUUGGGAGGGAUUGCCACACUCCCUAAAUACUUUUUAUUUGGAUGUAAUGAAUUAGUCACACUCACAGGAAUUGAAAGUCUUAUAAAUUUAAGCGAAUACUCUCUUUCAGGAUGUGUGAAAAUAGGAGACUAUUCAUUCAUCAAGGGUAUCACUUCAUUUGGAGAGUAUUCAAUGAGUAACACAGGACUUACUCAGUUAGUUUUAACACCAUCAGUUGUAUAUGCAGGUGGUGUGUUUUCUAAUAACCAUUUACUUGAGUCCGUUGACUUUUCUGGUAUUAAAGAAACGACUGAUUUUAUGUUUUCAAAUUGCAGCAAAUUGCAUAUAUUAACUAACACCGACUCUCUUGUGUCUAUUGGAGUUCAUUCAUUUUCAUUGUGUGAGUCACUUGAGUCAUUCACAUUUCCACACACACUUGUAACUCUUGGCGAUUACUCGUUUAAACAAAGUGGAAUUCAGUCAGUUUCUCUUGUAGCAAAUGCCACAUAUGGAGUUGGUGUCUUUCAAGAAUGUCUAAUGUUGAAUAGUGUUGAUAUUAAUAAUUCAACUACUAUUAGUGACUUCAUGUUUAGUGGGUGUGUUAGCCUUAACCGAGUUGAAAAUACACCCAUGCUCUUGUAUAUUGGCGACUCUGCUUUUUCAAACUGUACGGCACUUACUUCUAUUGAUCUACUAGACAACACUAUAGAUGUACACGAUUAUGCAUUUAGUAACACUGGAUUCAAUGAAGCCAAAUUAUUUCCACACCACAAUUAUGGCGACGGAGUUUACUCGAAUUGUCACAGUCUAAAAACUGUUGAUAUUAACUUGGCUGAGCGGAUACCAAAAUUAAUGUUUUUUAAUUGUUCAACUCUAGCAAAUGUGACUCACACGGAGUCGAUAUAUUACAUCUCAGAGUUCGCAUUUGUCGGGUGUCCAUUGUUAGUUAGAAUACACUUGCUAAAUGUCACAAGUAUAGGGAAGAAGGUGUUUAGUGAUGAGAUGAAAACUAUAUACUACCACGGAGUAUCAAUUCCUAUCUGUGUCAGUGACUCUCUCCCGCUCCAAACAAACGUUUUUGUGACUAAAGAGUAUGUCUCGGACUACUUGUGUAAUGCAUACACCUUCCACCUCGAGUGCAAUAAAACUCAGUUGAUUGAAGAAAACACUUUCAGAUGUCUUCCCUGCCCAACAAACAUGUCAUCUUUAGACGGUGUAAACGACGAGUGUAUAUUUGACAUGACUACGUGUCUUCAAUAUAACAAAAACUGUUUGUUAUGUUUGUCAAACUAUUGUGAUUUGUGCGACGAUACAACGUACUUCAAUGAGUACACUUGUUGGAAGUAUAACUGUGGGAAGACAGGCACGUUCUAUCAAGGGGAUUGUGUCCAGAAGUGUACAAACGGGUCUGUGAAUGUCGGGAUUGAGUGUAAGCCGCCAUGUACUGACGGAUACGAAAGAAUAGGCGGCGAGUGUUUUCCUGUCUGUACCAACACAGAAGAACGUGUUGGGAAUGCGUGUGUAGCCAGAUGCCCAAGAGAAGAAGUUCGGAUUAAUGGGAUAUGUUCACCUCGAUGUCCACAAGACAAACAGCGAGCCGGUGAUGUUUGCAUUGAUUAUUGUGACAAUGAAUACGAGGUGAUUGAUGGAUUUUGUUGGCCGAAGUGUAAAGGGGACAAGACAGUGAGGUAUAAUGGUGUCUGUGUCACGGAGUGUUUGAAAGAUGAGGAGCGGGUCAACGGGUUGUGUAUGAAGGCGUGUAAGAAGAAUGAGGUGCGAAUUGGGUUUGUAUGUAAACAAGUCUGUAAAUACACAGAGGAGCGAAUUAAUGGGACAUGCACAUUGAAAUGUAAAGAGAACGAAGAACGAGUUGAUAUGACGUGUUAUCCCAAGUGUGAUGCAAAUCAUACUCUUGUCAAUCAUUUGUGUGUGUUAACAUGUCAAGAAGACGAGACGUUAAUAUUUGGCCAGUGUUAUCCGAAAUGUACUAUUUAUGAGUACCGAGUUAACACAAGAUGUGUCGCAAACUGCACUGAAGACCGAUUUUUUAAUGGAAAUUUCUGUGAGUUGUACUGCAAGGGUAACACAGUCUUUUCGAAUGGAGAGUGUUUGAAGAAUCCAUGCAAAAGAAAUCAGUUCUAUUAUAACGUGGGAUGUAAGGAGUGCAAUAAAUCAUACCAACAACCUUGUAUUGAUUCGGAGUGCUACCAGUGCACUGCACAAAAAAGUUCGGCGGUCAUGAUUUGCGUACUAUUCACACUCUUGCUUUUAACAGCUUUUUGA